CAGUCAAUGCAUAACAAUAGAAUUAAGUAUGUCAAUACUGCGAAGUGCGAAUUGGUACAAAUAAACCGAUUGCGCGUUUACGUUUCCUCGAUUACUGAAGCUUCUAAAAAAUCUAUCAAUUCUCGAUCUGCAUAUCAUGUAUGCAUGUAGGCGUGUAUAUGGAAUGACGUUGGAGAAAGUUGGUGCCGACGUGAGAAAGUCUGAACUCUAUUCAGAAAGUAUUCCAAUCCGCGGUAUUCUCAGAGGGGAGCGGUGAACUGUGCACAGAUAACCCCUACCUCAUCGAAAAUUGUGUCGAGAUUUGUAUUGAAAACAAUUCUCGGGGGAGGGGGGAUAUCAAGACACAAUAAAUCAGAAAAGGAAAUACAGUAAUUUGUGAGACGGCAACGAAUGAAGACGGUUGUUGCUCUUCCGCAGCCGAAUUACGGCCGGAAUAUGUUCAUUUUAUUUGGUUCACUUUUUGUCUUUGCAGCUGGACUUGUGGCUUAUUUAAAAUCAAAGAAAGAUUUGUCACUCAUCAUUACAGAGAUAAUUUACGAAAUCAAAUACAAUGCUCUGGGAGCUAAAGCACUUAUCGAUGAUUUGAUUGAAGCAAAACGCAACAAAAUUGAUCUACCGAAGAAAUCCGGAAAAGUUGCCAUAGUAACCGGAGGAUCACGAGGAAUUGGAUCCGAAAUAGUUAAAAUGCUUCUCCAGUGUGAUAUGGAAGUUAUUAUUGCAUGUCGGACUCCUGCAGCUGGUGAUAGACUCAUUCGAUUAUUAAGAGAUUCCGGGGUGACGGAAGGUACAGGAAAAGUUUACGAACUGGACAACAACAGUCUGGAAUCAGUCAGAAGAUUUGCAGAAUCAAUAAAGAGAAACUAUAGCAAAAUUGAUGUUCUCGUCAACAAUGCCGGUAUCAUGUUCACACCAUAUACUGAGACCACGGACGGUUUUGAACAGCAAUGGGGAAUUAAUUACCUUUCACAUUUUUUGUUGACGUCUCUCAUUUUGCCCUUGUUGCAAGCUGCUGGUUCUGCAAGAGAAUCUGCUAGAAUAGUAAAUGUUUCGUCUUGUGCGCAUCAUGUCGGCAUAAUAAACUUUGACGAUAUUAAUUACAAAAGCGGCUUUAUCACAUCAGCUGCUUACGCUCAAAGCAAACUGGCUCAAAUUAUGUUUACAAAAUCGGUCCAAGAUCUGCUAAUUAAUAGAAGAUAUCCUGUUCAAGCUUUUGCUGUUCAUCCCGGUAUUGUUAACACAGAUCUUUUCAACAACACGUACCUAAAAAAGCACGCAGGAUGGAUAAUAAACAAAUUUUUCAAGAAUCCGUCGCAAGGAGCUACUCCGAUUGUAUACGCAGCUAUUAGCAGGACGAUUGAAGGGAAGGGUGGAAUGUAUAUCAGUAAUUGCGGUCCAAGUUCCGUCAAUAAAGCGGCGGAGAAUACGGAAAUUCGCCAACGAUUAUUUAAUUUGUCAUUAGAGCAAACUGAAUUGAAAGAUUUCAUAUAAUUUCUGUCCUUAAUCUUUUUUUUUCUUUACGUAUCCCCAAUAAUUGAAAAGAUGCUCUGCAGUAUAAUAUUCGGAGAAAAAAUAACGGAUCGGUAUUUAUGUGAGAUUUAUGUUGUUACGACAACUAUACAAGUGUAGACGCGGGUACGUACGUACAAGAGAUUGGGAAGAAAAUCGCGCAGGUGAAAAUGUUACAAAUCUUAACCGGGUGUUCCACAACUCUUCAACAUUCAGUAUUUCGAUUAUUUAUUUAAUGAUAGAUGCAUAUUAUUUGUAGGCGAACGAGUCUUAGAAGAAAAUUUUAUUUUGGGUAAUAAGUUAUUGUUUUGUGUUCAUGUAUGUCUAUGCUUCAUAGAAUUUUAUUUUUUGUACAAAAGCUGAGGGAUUGAGUACUUGAUUGUUUUAUCCUUGUAAUCAAAUGAAAUCUGAAUAAAAAAAAAAAAAAAAAAAAAAAAAAAAAA